ACAGAAUAGUUAUGCGUGCGAGGGAGAAAAGGCGCAGGCUCAGACGGGUAGGCUCGCGGGAUGACCCAGAGCGGCGAAGGGCGCCGGCGCAGCAACGAACAGCCGGACUAUGCUCCAGAAGGCGACGGAGGAUUGCGCGGCCUGCCGAGGUCAUAGAUAACGCCUGGAUACGUAAUACCGUCGUUGCCACCGCCGCCGUCGUCGCCCACUAUCAAUACAGUGCGUAAGCGCCGCUGGCUCGUCGUGUCCCGCGGGCGGAGCUGCUUGGUCGAGGCCGGCCGGUCCCCCGCGCACCUGCGGCCCCCUCGCGACCGCUUGCCCGACUGCCAGUCGGCCGCCGCCGUUGCCGCCUCGCCAGGUAGGAAAAAGCGACUCGAGAAGAGACCUCGGAGCUACGCGAGGAAACGAUGGCUCAACUCCCGAUCAACAUUGAUCAGCCGCGAUGGGACCAGAGUACAUACUGGGGGCGGGCUCGUUAUUACUUCUCCACCACAAACCCAUUGAACCUACUAGCUUCUGAACAAGAUUUAAAUGACGCGAAAACGGUGGUCGAUAAUUACAGAAAAAAUGGGAAGCUGGAAAACAUAACAGAAGAUGAGCUCUGGAGAGCCAAGGAAUUAUAUGAUUCUGCAUUCCAUCCUGAUACGGGAGAAAAGAUGAUUCUUAUUGGUCGUAUGUCAGCUCAAGUGCCCAUGAACAUGACAAUUACAGGAUGCAUGAUGACAUUUUACAAGUCUACUCCAGCAGUUGUCUUCUGGCAAUGGGUAAACCAGUCUUUCAAUGCCAUUGUUAACUACACAAACAGAAGUGGGGAUUCACCAAUAUCUAAUUCACAACUUGGCCUGUCAUACACACUUGCCACUGGAGGAGCUUUGGCCACUGCUCUCACACUCAACAGCAUGGUGAAGCGAGCUCCGCCAUUAGUUGGUCGCCUUGUGCCUUUUGUGGCUGUAGCUGCAGCGAAUUGUAUCAAUAUUCCCAUGAUGAGACUUCAGGAACUAAAGGAAGGAGUUCCAGUGACUGAUGAUGCAGGCAACAAACUGUCAACAUCAAAAGUAGCUGCACAACAAGGCAUCGCAGCGGUCACCUUCAGUCGCAUAGGAAUGGCUGCGCCUGGAAUGGCUUUAACUCCCGUUAUCAUGGAGUCUUUAGACAAGCGUGGUGUUUUCAAGAAACUUCCAUGGGCUCCAGCCCCAUUGCAAGUCUUAUUGUGUGGCUUCUUUUUGACUUUUGCAACACCUAUGUGCUGUGCACUAUUUUCACAGCGUGCUGCCAUUAAAACAAGUCAACUUGAGUCUGAAGCACAGGAGGAAAUUGCAAAAAAAUGCUCACCACCUCCUGAGGUUGUUUUCUACAAUAAAGGAUUAUAAGAGGGCAAAAAAACAAUAAAAUUGAUUGGUCGAUCAGUUGUUUAAUGUUGGUAUUGAUGCUGUCAAAUGCAAUGUUUGUUUGUUCUAUAUUGGUCAACUGGAAAUACUUUUGAUACUCUUACUUAUACUGUUAUUAUGCUCAGAAAUGGAACAUGUAACUUUAUUAGGGAUUAUUUGAAUUAUGAUUCCAUCAAAGCUAUGUUCAAGUGUGUAUGUGGCAAAUUGACACAUCAGUAUUUUAAUGUUUAUCUACUAAGUACUUGUUUGGAGUAUCUGUCCAUCCUGAGAUCAAUGAUGUUAAUAUUUGUGUAAUGGAUAAUGUAAUGUAGAAUACAUAUUUGUAUAUGUCAUCUGUCAAACUGAACUUGACAAAUCUGAUUUCUGGUUUAGGAAUUAUAUUUACACAAAAUUUCCUUAGCAUGUUUGUUGUACACAGGCCUACAAUUCUCGAGUUAGGGACAUUGAAAAGUCUCUGUAACUAAACUCAGCAAAAUAUGAACUUGGGGAUAAAAUAAAUUUAAUUCUUUCAGGUCUUGCCUACCAAACAUUUUUUUCUUGCAAUUAUUUGGGUAUAGUACAAAGAAUCAUAUUAUGUAAGAUUAUUUUAAUAUCUGCAAGUGAGGUUCCCUUGAAAUGACAUGGAGGAAUUUUGUUGUAAGAAUUGCAAUAUCACUAAUUUUGCAAAUUAUAUUUGCAUUUAAUUUAAGACAUUAAAAUGAUUAUUGUUUUUUACUUUUGCGCAAUUAUAUUGUUAAUAUUGGAUGAUGAAUAUCAAAGAAAAUUGUGUAGUAGUGUGUCUUCACAACUCUGUAAUGUAAACAUAUCAACAUAUUGAUAUACAUACAAAUACUAUUUACUGUUCUGUCAAUUGAGCAAUGAAGUGCACAAUUAAGAGAAUGAGCCAAUGAAAAGCAUUAAAAAAGUGUCCAUAUUAUUCCUAUUUAGCUUCCAAAAUAUUCAAAACAUUUUAGUACUUUAUCUAGGAGAAAGUUUCUUGUUCCCAUAACUUUCAUCUGGUACAAUGGCUCUCUUUAUGAAUUGAUUAAUUUUAUCAAUGAAAUUCUGAACUUCCAGAAAUAAAUAUAUCUUAACUAUUUUGCAGUGUAUCAAGUUACGGCCAUCCCUAAUCUUCUAUGGCACAGUCAGUUAAUUGUACAGCACAAGCAGCCGUUUUUGAUGAACCACCUCAACCAAGAAUAGCUUCCCCUAUGUAAAUAUCCAAUUUCCAUUAAAAACAUUAUCAGAGACAGAUCGUGAUCAAAUAGUGCCAAUGGAAAAGCAGUGAAACUCUGCCCUUAUCCAACAACUUUAUAUCUUAAUUAAGAAAACAAAAUGUUACUAAAAUAAAUUAAAAUUACUUUCAAUAGUUACUACUACAAGAAAAAUUGAUGCAAAUUAUAAUUUACAAGCAAGUACUAAUAGGGAAUGCCUGAAAAAUGUUUUGACCAUUGAAUAUUGAAAAAAUGGCUUAACAAGAAGAAUUUGUCUAAUUAAAUGUAUUAAUUUUAACAUUGAUUGUGUAAUUGAAUUACUUUUCUAUUUAUUAAUUUUUUUACAAUAAUAACAACUUUUGUUAUGCUAUAAAUAUCAAGAAUGGAAUAUGAAAAAAAGCAAGGGAACAAGAUUUCUGAUUUCUGUCAACAGUGGUUAAAAAAAAGUAUAACAUUAUGAUAACAAGACUUUCUAGAUUUAAUACAUUGUAAUAACUCUUUUAAAAAAACUAUUUAUUCCAUCUUUUUUGUGUAAAGAGUUUAUUUUCAUAAUUAAAAAUAAUGAAGAUAAUUGCCAAUUAACAAUUUAUCACAAAUGUAGUGUUUACUGGCUAUUGUCAGUAGUGCCAACGAAUCGUGCCAUACCCUACAAUUGACGGAUGUUUGAUGUUAUCACAAUGUACUAAUUAAUAUAAUUGGUAUUUACACAAAUUGUUGAAGAAUACAUAAAUAAGUACAGUAAAUUCUCUUUAAGUUGCACUUAUUUAGUUUCCUUGGAAGUUCUCAAUUAUUUAAAGUGAUGUCCAAAAUACGAUGGGACCAUAAAAUAUUAUGUGUGUCCAUAUCCAGGGAAUGAUAGAGCAGAAAUUUUUGGCUUAUAAGUUACGAUUGUGCUAAGAGAACAUGUAAACAAAACUAAAAGUCAUAAUCCCAUUACUGUCAGUUUGAAAAAGUGGAAAAACUUAUUGCCAUUUUUCCCACAUACUGUGGGAACCCCAUUAUUUGAAAAUGCAAUUAAUGGAGAUGAAUGGUAU